CUUAAUAUAUUUGCUAGCUUAAUAGGCUCUUGGCAACUCAUUUCUUACUUGCACUGGGGUAUAUAUAAAAGGGGAAGGGGUCGUUUAACCUCAUUGUCUGCUGUUAACUUGAGAGUAACUUUCCUAGUUUAGAGGAUGCGUGUCUCCGUGCUGACAAGCCUGGUGGUGGCGGUGUUCCUGGUGGCACUCUUCGCCCCAGAGUGCCAGGCGCAAGGAUGGCAGGCUGUGGCAGCGGCCGUCGCCAGCAAGAUCGUUGGGCUGUGGAGGAACGAGGAGACGGAGCUGCUGGGGCAUAAGUGCCGCUUCACCGUCAAACCUUACAUCAAGAGGUUACAGCUGAACUACAAGGGGAAGAUGUGGUGCCCCGGCUGGACGACUAUCAGAGGGGAAGCCAGGACACGCAGCCAUUCCGGGGUGGCUGGAAGGACGGCCAGGGACUUCGUCGAGAAAGCCUUCAGGGACGGCCUCAUCUCCGAACAAGAUGCUAAGCGGUGGCUGAACUAACGGGCCCUCUCCUGCGUGAGGAGCUGUCGGGGUUCGAGCCUUCGUUGGCAGUGGAAGCUCUGCCAUCUUGAGCUGUUGUAUCUCUCUCUUCCACGUAGAGUUGACGUCUUGAGCUAUUCUUGUUGUCCGAUUUUUUGUUUUACUUAACAACUACACGAAAGUAUAUAACAAAAGCUGGUAAUUGACGGUCUUAGAAGGAUCCUCAGACUCUUUUGUUAUUGAUAUUAAGGCAAGGUAGAUUCUUUGAAAUGUGACUUUAAUAAACUUGAUCCUUUUU